AUGGGUCGAUUGAGUACGCUCAAGGGCCAAAAGAUGUUUGGAUUUGAGAGCGUCAGACACCGGAUCGGGACCAGGGAGCUGGCGUGGAUGGCGGCGAGCUGGCCUAGGUUGAGGAGUAUGCGAGGUUUUCAAGAGCUACUUCUUAACUUGAAGUAUGACGAUGAUGUUAAAGUACAGAUCUUGAAGGACUAUAUGGAAAAAUUGCGUCCAAGUAACAACCAGAAAACGCCACUCGCAUACUUUCCCGAGAUCCUGAUCAUCAUCGGAUCUCACUUGGACCGCCAUGACCUGCUCUCCUGCAUUCAAGUCUGUCGUUUCUGGAACCACCUCUUCACUCCAUUCGCCUGGAGGAUCUUUGACGACGAACACAUUUCGAAACUCGCCAUCCACACCGAGGAGAGCGCCAUUCAGAGUCCCAAAAAGGUUCUCAAGGCCUGGCUUCGAGACGUUUUCAGCAAGCACGGACACCAUAUUCGACACCUCACGACACAUUGGGACAGCACCGUGAGAGCCGCCGUUACCACAGGAUCCUGCACGAACCUAACCUCCUUAACUGUCAUCGACGCCUCCAAAAUGAAAAUAAUGGGUGAUCAUGCGGAGGAGGUCUUGACAAGAUACCAACGCUCAGAGGAAUACUCCAACCAUAUGCUUUCCCCUUUGCUCAAGGACUUCAUACCUUCAGUUGGGGAAAUCUGUAGCAAGGGCAUCAAGGUUUGGAUGACAGCACAGCGGUGCUGGCACCUUAUCCUAUCAAAUCCAUUACUCGAGUAUCUCUAUUUGGGUCACCAUGCCUGGAUCGGCUACCAUCCCAUACAGGAGCAGUUCAUGUACGAUACAUUCGCCUCUCUGACCAACCUCACUCGACUUAGGAACGACUUCAGGACCCUCAAGUUGCAAACACUCCUGGAGGUACUCCCAAACCUCCGCCAUUACACGUGCGUAUUUUUCCCCUGGGGCUUUCGACGUACAAAGAGCGAAAACCUCCUACUCUCGCGCACCUUCCCGCAACUGGCGUUACUAGAACUCAUUUACGAUCAGGCAACACUCACGAUAUUCUACAGCCUCUUGGAGUUCCUGCCAAAUCUCGAAGAACUGAUCCUGGAUCAGGUCUGCCGGUCGUCCGACGAGACGUUGUCCUCGGAGGACGCGGUAGCAGGCGCGCUGGUCAGGAUUGGGAACCGACCGAUUCGAUUGAAGGAGUUGACGUUGUCGUACUUGGUUGGGCACUCGAAUGAUUGUGAUGAGACGAUGGAGCGGUAUAUCAAGCCAUUCUUGCCUCAUACGACCUUCUCCGAAUGGACCGAUUCCGACUCCGAGUGGUCUUUAUAG